AUGUCAGAAUUAAAAUUAAACAGGUUAACAGAAGAUAAUCAAAGAUUAAGAGAAGAUUUGGCAAGAUCUCCGAAUCGAUUAGAGUAUCAGAAGCUAGUUCAAGAGAACCAUCUCUUGUUCCUCUCUUGUUUUUGGAAAUCACAAUCUAUGACUUUUUGGUUUUGGUUUUUUGAUUAG